GGAAACAAUAUAAAAGCAGAAGGGGAGCUGCUGGAACACUGCAGAAGGCUGACUGGCUGGAAGACACGCUGAACACCAACAAGACACCAUCAAACACAGUUUUAAACUCUACUAAAGGUGGACAGAGACUCGUACAAGACUACAAAGGACAAUGUCUUACGGGGACAUCAUGAGAGCUGACACAACUGGUGCGGGACCAGAAACAUCUCGGCAAGACAACUUGAGUGUCACAGGUGUGCCGGCGUCUCACGCCAUGGCACAAACAGAUCUGUCCAGAAUGAACCAGUACAAGUCCAUCAUUACCCAAGUGGGAAAUGAAAAGGGAAUUGCUCCUGCUCUCAUUGCUGGCAUCGUCUCCAGAGAAUCCAGGGCUGGGAAUACACUGAACAAUGGCUGGGGUGACGGUGGCAACGGCUGGGGCCUCAUGCAGGUUGAUAAGCGGCAUCACACACCUCAAGGUGGAUGGAACAGUAAGGAACAUCUGUCUCAGGGCACAGCUAUCUUGAUUGAUUUUAUAUUAGCAAUCAGAAGCAAGUUUCCUAACUGGACUGCAGAACAGCAACUCAAAGGUGGGAUAGCCGCCUACAACUUCGGGGUCAGAAAUGUGCAAACUUUGGCUGGAAUGGAUAUUGGCACUACUGGUAACGACUAUUCCAGUGAUGUUGUUGCCAGAUCUCAGUGGUACAACACCAAUGGAGGCUUUUAGGGGUGAAAACAAUGCAAUGAAGAAAGCCCUCGUCAACACUCAAUAAACAUGAUGCAAAAUAAAACCA